AUGGCCUGCAAGGAUGGUAAUAAGCACUUAAUGGAUAAUGGAAAGUAUGUACGUUAUACACCUGAGCAGGUUGAAGCUCUUGAAAGGCUUUAUCAUGAAUGUCCUAAACCAAGUUCAAUUCGAAGACAACAACUUAUUAGAGAAUGUCCUAUUCUUUCUAAUAUUGAACCAAGACAAAUCAAAGUUUGGUUUCAGAAUAGAAGGUGUAGAGAGAAGCAGAGAAAAGAGUCUUUCAGGUUGCAAGGUGUGAAUAGGAAGUUGACAGCCAUGAAUAAGCUGCUGAUGGAGGAAAAUGAUAGGUUGCAGAAGCAGGUGUCUCACCUGGUGUAUGAGAAUGGCUAUUUUCGUCAAAACACCCAAAAUGCAACCAAAGACACGAGUUGUGAUUCAGUGGUGACUAGUGGUCAGCACAAUAUGACUAGUCAACAUCCCCCAAGGGAUGCAAGUCCUGCAGGGCUUUUGUCCAUUGCAGAAGAAACUUUAGCAGAAUUUCUUUCAAAGGCUACUGGAACCGCUGUUGAGUGGGUCCAAAUGCCUGGAAUGAAGCCUGGUCCGGAUUCCAUUGGAAUCGUCGCUAUUUCUCAUGGUUGCACUGGUGUCGCAGCAAGAGCUUGUGGUCUAGUGGGACUAGAACCCACUAGGGUUGCGGAAAUCCUAAAAGAUCGUCCUUUGUGGUUUCGUGAUUGCCGAGCUGUUGAUAUUGUCAAUGUGCUGCCCACUGCUAACGGUGGAACUAUUGAGCUGCUUUAUAUGCAGCUUUAUGCACCAACCACAUUGGCACCUGCUCGUGAUUUCUGGUUGUUACGCUACACUUCUGUUGUAGAAGAUGGCAGCCUAGUGAUCUGUGAGAGGUCUCUUAAAAAUACUCAAAAUGGUCCAAGCAUGCCUCCUGUGCCGCAUUUUGUUAGAGCAGACAUGCUGCCUAGUGGGUACCUGAUAAGACCUUGUGAAGGAGGUGGUUCCAUCAUCCACAUUGUUGAUCAUAUGGACUUGGAGCCAUGGAGCGUUCCAGAAGUACUGCGUCCACUAUAUGAAUCACCAAUGGUGCUGGCUCAGAAGACUACUAUGGCGGCUUUACGUCAUCUAAGGCAGAUUUCGCAUGAAGUUUCUCAGCCCAAUGUCACUGGGUGGGGAAGACGACCAGCAGCUCUGCGGGCACUUAGCCAGAGAUUGAGCCGGGGUUUCAAUGAGGCACUCAAUGGAUUUACUGAUGAAGGGUGGACAAUGAUGGGCAAUGACGGUGUUGAUGAUGUCACUAUUCUAGUAAAUUCAUCACCUGACAAGUUAAUGGGUCUGAAUCUUUCCUUUGGCAAUGGAUUUCCUUCUGUCAGUAAUGCUGUGUUAUGUGCCAAGGCAUCAAUGCUAUUACAGAAUGUGCCUCCAGCCAUUCUCCUAAGGUUCCUGCGUGAACAUAGAUCAGAAUGGGCGGACCAUAAUAUGGAUGCUUACACAGCUGCUGCCAUUAAAGUUGGCCCUUGCAGCUUAACAGGAUCUCGCGUAGGAAAUUACGGGGGUCAAGUGAUUCUCCCGCUAGCACACACUAUUGAGCAUGAGGAGUUUUUGGAAGUUAUUAAGUUGGACGGAGUUGCCCAUUCUCCUGAAGAAAUGAUGGCCAGAGAAUUGUUUCUGUUGCAACUCUGCAGUGGAAUGGAUGAGAAUGCUAUUGGCACCUGUGCAGAACUUAUAUUUGCUCCAAUUGAUGCUUCAUUUGCUGAUGAUGCCCCACUUCUACCCUCUGGGUUUCGUAUCAUCCCUCUUGAAUCUGGAAAAGAAUCGUCCAGUCCUAAUCGCACUCUUGAUCUUGCAUCUGCCCUUGACAUUGGCCCUACUGGAAACCGAGCAUCAAGUGAUAAUGCUGGAAAUUCUGGCUGUGUGAGAUCUGUGAUGACAAUAGCAUUUGAAUUUGCAUAUGAAAGUCAUAUGCAAGAGAAUGUAGCAUGCAUGGCACGCCAAUAUGUUCGCAGUAUUAUAUCAUCAGUCCAAAGGGUAGCGUUAGCACUUUCUCCUUCUAAUCUGAGUUCACAUGCUGGGCUGAGGUCACCGCUAGGUACCCCUGAAGCACAAACCCUUGCUCAUUGGAUCUGCAACAGUUAUAGAUGCUACUUAGGCGUGGAGCUACUUAAAUCUAAUACUGAAGGAAAAGAAUCUGUACUCAAGUCCUUGUGGCACCACUCUGAUGCUGUAUUAUGCUGCACUCUAAAGGCAAUGCCAGUGUUCACUUUCUCAAACCAGGCAGGGCUUGACAUGCUGGAGACUACGCUUGUUGCAUUACAAGAUAUAAGUCUGGAGAAAAUAUUUGAUGAUAAUGGUCGAAAAACUCUCUUUUCGGAGUUCCCCCAGAUUAUUCAACAGGGUUUUGCAUGUCUGCAAGGUGGUAUUUGUCUCUCAAGCAUGGGACGACCUGUCUCAUACGAGAGAGCUGUUGCUUGGAAGGUGCUGAAUGAUGAACAGAAUGCUCAUUGUAUUUGCUUUAUGUUUGUGAACUGGUCUUUUGUUUGACAUUAUGUUCGGAGUUAUAGGUAUCAGUGUGUUAAGAUGAAGACUUACUCCAAGACAUUUAUGCUGUAUUGUUUUUGUUUUUGCUUUUGUACUUUCCCUGAAUUUGCUCUGAAGACUUGGAUUUGCAUAUGCUAUGACUAUUUGUGUUAGCCUAUGUUGCUUUUAUUC